AUGGAUUUUCCACAUUUCCAACUCCAAGCAGGAUUGGCGGCGGCCAUGUUCUCUCCAGACGUAGUGCCAGCGCUUUGGGGCCAGUCAGAACACUCAAAAAAAGAAGAUGUUGAAACCUCUGAAGACCUCGGACAGCUUCAAGUACUGUCACCGGAACAGUUUGCUGCUUUCGCAGAGGAAUCCGUCCCUCUCAAUGAGGAUGAAAUCGACAGAUUUCAUGACCAGCACCCGGUAACCGAAGAAACAAGUAAGAGAAACGACAACCUCUCAAACCGCGGCCGUGUCCGCAAACACCAAAGAUGCGAAUCCCUGCACGUCAACUUCUCACACGACGAAGUCCGCCGCAUCGCCCAAGAGAUCUACGACGAGACUGUCGCCGAGGUCAACCUGUCCCUCUUCAGCUACUGGAUCAACGAAAACAGCAAGAACUAUCAAGAAGCCAGUCUGCACAUCCGCGAGCUACGCCUCGAUCACGGCUACAACCUCGCACGCAUAGCGAACCCACACCUCCGCACACUGAUGCAAGAAGUAUUCACCCAACGCCCUGUAGAAGCCCGCAUCGCGCUGCAAGAACGAGCCUCGCGCAGCAACUUGAGCGUUACUACUAGCUCGAUGCGCAGUGGUAGUAAAGGCGAUUUCUCCGUCUUCCCGCGCAUCGAUGCGCUUCCGCCAAUCCUGCGUGUCGAACGGCAGCGCGCCAUGAGUCAGGCGGCCCAGCGCUCGACGUCGCUGGCGUCGAUGGCGUCGGAGCUGAGGGAUUACCCACCAAACACACCCGAUCGUCCGUUGCCGCUUACGCUGCGCUCUCCGAAUACUAGCUCAACACUGAGUACGCAGCCGACGCUGCCGUUUGGGUUUCCAUCUCCCGGGACGCCUGUUCGGAUCAGCGACGCUGGGUACUCGGGAUUGACCUCGUACGCGGGGUCGCUUUGCGACGACGACGACAGUGUUGAAGGAGAAGAGAUAGAUCAAGAGGCUCUCUGGCACGAACGCGUUGCCGACGUUGUUGAGAGCGUCAUGGUGCUAGAAAAGCCGGAGCAGAUCAACCAGGUGAUUGAAGAGUUGGAGGAACUUAAGGCCUUGUACCUCUAG